UCCCACACGGAAGAAAUGGCGUCCCUUAACCCGACCGUUCUGUGGGCGCCGCCAUCCUGGUCCAAUGGCAGCUCGCCUAGGACAAACUUAGGAGGCGUAGCGCUUUUUCCUUCUGCAUGUACAUUCGGAAGCAAAAAACUACUGAGGCCUACAGACCGUACUUUCAAAUUAGUCCGCGUAGGAGUACAACGUCAAACUUCAAGCUGUACAGGUUGCCAUGGCAACAAGGAGAAAUGUGAUGCGAGCUGUCAAAGUGUUUGAAUUUGGUGGACCUGAAGUGCUUAAACUGCAGUCAGAAAUCUCAUUGCCAGUUCCAAAAGAGAACCAGGUUCUCAUUAAUAUUCAUGCAUGUGGCAUUAACCCAGUGGACACCUAUAUUCGUUCUGGGACUUAUGCUAGAAAACCAGCUUUACCUUACACACCUGGUACAGAUGUGUCUGGAAUCAUACAGGAAGUUGGGGAACAUGUAGCUGCUUUCAAGAAAGGAGACAGGGUCUUUACGGCUGGUACCAUUUCUGGCGGUUAUGCAGAAUAUGCUGUUGCAUCUGCUGGUACAGUUUUUUCCUUGUCUGAUAAACUGAGCUUAAAGCAAGGUGCAGCUAUUGGGAUACCAUAUUUUACUGCAUACCAUGCUCUUUUUCAAAGAGGAUCUGCUAAAGCAGGGGAAACUGUGUUAGUCCAUGGAGCAAGUGGAGGAGUUGGAAUUGCAGCAUGCCAGAUUGCAAGAGCUUAUGGCUUGAAGGUGCUGGGCACAGCUGGAACUGAGGAAGGAAUGAAACUUGUUUUGAAAAAUGGAGUGCACAAAGUAUUUAAUCAUGGGAAGAAGGGUUAUUUGGCUGAAAUUAAGGAAGAAGCUGGUGCCCAGGGCAUAGAUGUGAUAAUGGAAAUGUUGGCUAAUGUCAAUCUUGCUAAUGACUUGCAACUCCUGUCAAGUGGAGGAAGAGUUAUGAUAGUGGGUAGUCGGGGUCCCAUUGAGAUAAAUCCAAGGGAUAUUAUGCAGAAAGAAUCAAGCAUCAGAGGACUUUCUUUAUUCUCUUCGUCUAAGGAAGAGAUGCAUGAGUGUGCAGCAGCAGUUCUUGCAGGCAUAGAGGCUGGCUGGCUGAACCCAGUGGUAGGCCCUGAAUACCCAAUGGAGAAGGUGGCAGAGGCUCACAAGGACCUAAUAUAUAGCAAGGGUGCUUUGGGGAAGAUGAUACUCCUUACAUGCUAAAUCAUACUGUCGAGUGUCUCUGCAGUAAUCAUGUAAAUACUGACCAGUGCGUAUGUAACCAGGUUUGUAAUAAUCCAAAAAAUGUGAUUCAAGCACAAGAUACAACAGAUGUGAUAGGCUCUAAUUUGGACAAGAAAUAUAUUAAUUUUAUUUGCACUUGGAAUAGAUUAAAUGCUUCAUGUAAAUGCUA